GCAUCCCUUUUCAGUCUCCAACUCCAAAUAAUCUGACUGUAAUGACUACUUGCGAGGUUUAUAUUAAACAUGGGGUGAGGAAAAGUGAGAGACGUUCAUAUUAUAAUUCAUUAUUCCCACAAUAGUCUCCUACAGGAAGGUCUUGUAAAAAGUCGAACCCCCCUUUUUAUUCAUGCGCUCAUUUUUACUAUAGCGCCGCGGCGCCAAACGCGCACAUCUGCGGCAUCUGCACGGAUCGGGUGAAAAUUAUGAGCCAGAAAAUGGGUUAAAAAUCGGUCUGAACGGGUUUUUCUCUCUGUACUCUGAGCAGCCUCUCGCCUGUAGCACCCAGAAGUGAACAGCAGGCGACCCGGAAGGCUUGAAGUCUGGCUGAAAGCAGGCAGAAAAAGGGGAGUCCUGCUCCGUUAUAAAUUUCUGUUUCUUCUCCUCUCGCUGGCGCAGGAUGGCUGAACCGCGCUUUAACAAUCCCUACUUUUGGCCUCCUCCUCCUUCUAUGCCUGGCCAGCUGGAUAACCUAGUCUUGAUCAAUAAAAUCAAGGAGCAGCUGAUGGCGGAGAAGAUCCGGCCGCCACACCUGCCCGCCGUUUCGGCCGCCUCCCAGCAGCCUCUGAUGUCUCCGUCGGGCCAGGCCGAAGGCAGCCAGCACGGGAUGUCCAAAGCUCAGCAGGGGUCCGGGCUGCACAGUCCAAACCCGUCGCAGCCUGACAUCGCCCUGCAUGCCCGCCCUGCCUCCAGCUCUGUCACAGGUCGUAUCCUUGGAGAUGUGAACUUGAAUUUGGACGACAAGGCGGCUCUGAAAGCCCGGGGUCUGUGGGAGGACUGGCACCUGCGUCAGCUCAUAGACCAUCCCUCCAGAACAAACCACGUCUCAGGUGUGGCACUGGCAUCCAGAACUGGGAACCUCAGCACUUCGGAGAUCAUAACCCCAACAACACCCACCUCAAGCAGCCACAGCCGGCUGGGUGGAGCCCCCACCCCUCACCUCAUCUCAGGGUUAGCCGGCAGCCACGGGAUCGAGCCGGGGAAGACCAACGGGGGCUUUGUGGGUCUCCUCGGCCCGCCUCCGAAGCAGGAACGGGGGCGCAAGAAGAUCAAGGCCGAGAACGGCUCGUCGCUUUUGGUGGUUCCGUACCCGAUCCUGGCCUCGGGCAACGACCAGUCCUGCGUCACCAUCACCACUAAAGAGGGUAAAACCUACAGGUGUAAAGUUUGUCCCCUGACCUUCUUCUCCAAGUCCGACAUGCAAAUUCACUCCAAAACGCACACAGAGGCGAAAGCCCACAAGUGUCCUCACUGCACCAAGACGUUUGCGAACGCCUCGUACCUGGCCCAGCAUCUGCGCAUCCACCUGGGCCUCAAGCCGUACCGCUGCUCCUACUGUGAAAGAUGCUUCCGCCAGCUCUCCCACCUGCAGCAGCACACCAGAAUCCACACAGGUGACCGACCUUAUAAAUGCCUCCAUCCAGGAUGUGAGAAAGCUUUUACGCAACUCUCUAAUUUGCAGUCUCACCAGAGGCAGCACAACAAGGACAAGCCCUUCAAAUGCUCCAACUGUUUCCGUGCCUACUCAGACUCGGCCUCGCUGCAGAUCCACCUCUCUGUACACGCCAUCAAGAACGCCAAGGCCUACUGCUGCAGCAUGUGCGGCCGGGCGUACACCUCAGAGACGUACCUCAUGAAGCACAUGCCGAAACACGCGAUGGUGGAGCACGUCAUGUCCCAUCAUUCCCCUCAGAAUAGGACAGGUUCUCCCAAUAUUCCCAUUCGGAUCUCCCUCAUCUGAGCUCCACUGCCGUCGUCUUUCCUCCCAUCACAGACUCCUACUGCCUGACGGACCGCUCGGCUCCAAACGGAGGCAGGAAUCAUUUGGAGAAGAGGUUCUCGUCUGACGAGUUUUUCCCUCUUCUCUUUGUUGCUAAAGAGAAAGUAUUAACGGGAUCAUCCAAAGAUGAUUUCAGCACUUUCAGGCCUGACACUGACUGGCCGGAUAUUUUUUUUUUAUGGGACUUAAACAAGUAUUGCUCCAGGCAGCUACAUAGAGAAUCUUUUUAAGUUUUGUGUUAUACAUAUAACU